AUGGGGCUGUUGGUCACACAGGAAGUAGAGACAAAGAGCGUCAGACCCCGAUCCAGGUACCUCAGACCUCAGGGCUCAGGAGAUCUGAGUCAGAACUCAACCAAAUUUGCCAAGCGGCCUUCCCAUCACCGGGUCAUCUCCCAAACUGAACAGGCUGAUGAGAUCGGCCAGGAGUCUUUGACCUCUGACAUGCAGAAACUGAAGGCGAAGUGGGACAUGCUAGACAAGGAGAUCACGGCGUCAGCAGCAGAGGGCCACCGUGUGACGGACUUGGAGGAAUCUAUCUCCCUCCUCCCCGAGUACAAUGACAUCAAGGAUGUUGCACAGAUGCCGCUGGGCAAGCUGGAUAUGACCCGAGGCGUCACCAUCAAAGGAGUUAUCCAGGUUUUGCUCUAG